AUGACCAAACAUACCUCUUCCCUCGAGACGAUGACGGCAGCCUGGUUGCUCCCCAUCGUGGCUCCCGUUGUCGCGGCCGCCUCUGGAGGUGUGGUUGCUGAUUCACUCCAGAACGACACCCACGCUCUCAUCACCAUCCUCGUCUGCUAUGUCAUGUGGGGAUCUGCCGUCCCCUUGGCCAUGGUCAUCCUCGUCAUCUACUUCCAGCGUCUUGCCAUACACAAGCUGGUUCCUCGAGCAGCCAUCGUCAGUGCCUUAUUGCCCAUCGGUCCCCUUGGACAGGGUGGCUUCGGUCUCAUGCAGCUUGGUGUCGUAGCCAAGCGUGUUUUCCCAAGACUUGAUUUCCUUGCUCCCAUUGCCGGUGACAUCUUCUAUGUCAUGGGUGCAUUCAUCGCCAUGAUUAUGUGGGGAUUCGGUCUGAUCUGGCUGUGGUUUGCCCUGGCCAGUUUCACCCGCGGAAAGUUCUACUUCAACAUCGGCUGGUGGGCAUUCACUUUCCCGCUUGGUGUUUUCACCACAGCCACCACUCAGAUGGGCAAGGAGUUCAACUCUCCUUUCUUCGACAUUCUCGGAACUUUCUUCUCUAUUGUUGUUACUUGCAUGUGGGUGCUGGUUUUCGCCUUGACGGUGUAUAAGUCAUGCACCAAGGAACUUUUCCGAUAG